GUUGCCACCCCGCCAGUGAUGGGCUCUACAAAAUGGAAGGAUGAUUCAGGUCGCCCUUCCUGCAGCUCUGUCUAUCUGUCUUCACCUUCCCAGUGUCUGUUUGUAGGUACACCACUGGACUCUUCUUAAUACCAACCUCUUUCCCGUUGCUCUCCCAUCUGCAUUCCUACCUUCCUCUGGCUGAACUUUUCAUCGUUUGAAUUCUGCCCCGCAUCCAACGUUCUGCCUACACGUUGUUCCUUCCACCUAUCCUCGUCCUCUGCUUCCUCUAGUAAUUUCUGCCCAAAGCUCAAAAACGUCCAGCCUUUAUUGCAAAUCUUGGCCUCGCAGGCCUUUUUGUCACCACGAUGCAUUUCUCAUUCAUCACCAGUCUCUCUCUCCUCCUCACCACAGCUGCCGUCAGUGCAUCGCCCAUACUUGAGAGCCGGCAGACCAUCGAUCCUCCUGCGAGAUAUUACUUAGAGACUACUGUGGUGAAUGGAGACCAUGAAGACUUUGGCAGCAACAAAUCUUCUCUCUGGCUCUAUUCGCAUCACACUGGUGCCGGACUUGGCGAUGCUGGCUUGUCGUCGAACCGGUCAUGGGCAAUGGAGGGUUACCUGAAUGACACCCAGCAACUCUUCACUUAUGAGAACAACCAGAUUGGUCCUUGGCCGCUGGCUGUCGGUUAUGGGCCGUAUCAACAAUGGAAUCUCGUCACCAUCAGCAUCGCUGCCCUCCCUUCAUCUGGGCAAGGAUUCUUUUUCAACUCAUCUGGAUUGCAGUUCAACGGGAGCGUUGGUGGCUGGCUAGGUAAGUUUCCGGAAUUUCCAUGGCUGACCCUUCACUAAUACAUGAUUCCUUUGCAGCCUGCGAUUGGUGGCACGGCGUUCCUCAAUUGUUCAAUUUGAAUGGCUAUGAGUACGGAGAUAUCGCAAAAUCCUGUUCCAAAGUUGAGUUGCAUCCAGUGGCGAUAUAAUCCAAGAUCGUCUCAUGGGCAAAGCACCAAUCCAAGCCAGUGCCUCCGUGCUGUGCAUAAAAUUACUCACUCAACAGUGCUUUAUCAAGCACUAUCUUCCGUUGAGAAUUAAUUCAAAUGUAUCAACAGACGUAAAAAAUCAUCAAAACUGAUCCUGCAAACGUUUGAAAUAAACACAUGUCGAUUAAUUAUAAUAAAACCUGAUCGCCCGCUUUCA